CAAGUUGAAAGGUGUUUGUACCUGCUUGGAUGGUCUCGCUCCUUGUAAGCCUGCAUUCUUCGCUCCCUCAACCUGUGUUCUUCAGCCCUUUAGUCUCCGAUACAAGGAAUCCUGAAGUCAUAAAAAAAAAAACGAAUGGGGAUUGAACUGAUUUGGCUCCUAGCUUUCAUUCUGCAUGGAAAAACUCAUGUACAAGGCUCUUGUUCUCUGGGAAGUACAAUGACUUGUGAAGACUGCCUGAAGUUAGGACCACACUGUGCAUGGUGUUCUCAAAAGAAUUUUACGGAUCCUUUGGGUGUCCCAGCUCGCUGCGACACUCCUGAAGUACUGCUAUCUAAAGGAUGCCCCGCAAACCACAUUGAAUUUCCUUUAUCGAAGGUAGAAACCCAAAGGAUGAGUCCACUGACAGAAGGAGCUCAUAAAAACAGUGAUCACACAACACAGAUCACUCCACAGAAGCUCGUUCUAAAACUCCGGCCUGGGAAUUCAAUUACAUUUCAAGUCGAUGUCCGUCAAAGUGAAGAUUACCCUGUAGACCUCUAUUACCUGAUGGACCUCUCUGCCUCCAUGAGUGACGAUCUGAGGACCAUACAACAACUGGGGUCUACACUUUCUAAGGAAAUGUCCAACCUAACGAGUAACUUCCGCCUGGGAUUCGGGACGUUUGUAGAGAAGCCAGUUUCUCCAUAUAUAAAAACUGUUCCAGAGGAUAUAGAGAACCCCUGCCAUAGAGAAUCCGUGGACUGCUUACCCACCUUUGGAUAUAAACACGUUUUAUCACUGACACAUAAUGCAGCAAAUUUUAACAACAUUGUGCAAAAGCAAAGAAUAUCGGCAAAUAUUGAUACACCCGAAGGAGGGUUUGAUGCCAUCAUGCAGGCGGCAGUAUGCAAAGACCGAAUCGGAUGGAGGAACGGAUCAAUGCAUUUGUUGGUAUUUGUGACCGAUGCAGAUUCUCACUAUGGCAUGGAUAGCAAAUUGGCCGGUAUUGUCAUUCCAAACGAUUGCCAAUGCCACCUAGACAGCAGUAAUGAAUACUACAUGUCGACUGUCCAGGAAUAUCCGACACUUGGGCAGCUGAUAGAGAAGUUGGUGGAGAAUAACAUUCUUCUCAUUUUCGCAGUCACUCAAAAACAAGUCCCGCUCUACCAGAAAUAUGCCAAACUGAUACCUGGAGCCACCGUAGGACUACUGAACAAAGAUUCUGGAAAUGUAUUACAGCUGAUCUUGUCGGCAUACAAAGAACUGAGGUCGGAAAUUGAGCUUGAGGUGUCAGGAGACACGGACGGACUUAACCUUUUCUUUACUGCCAAUUGUAAAAAUGAAACAGUCCUCCCAAAUAGUAAGAAGUGCCAGAGAAUCAAAGUUGGAGAUAGGGUUUCCUUCAAUGUGACCGUGAGCUCAACCUCCUGUGAAAAACAGACAAGGCAUAUUACAAUCAAGCCUGUUGGUCUUCAAGACAGCCUGGAGAUUGAAAUUCAGUCUGAAUGCUCGUGUUCCUGUAAGGCAGAGGCCGAAGAGGAGAGCACAGAGUGCAGCCUGGGAAGCGGCUCCUUAGAAUGCGGCGUUUGCGUUUGUAAACCUGGAUUUUUAGGAGCCCAAUGUGAAUGCAACGAAGAGUCACUGAACAACAGCUCUUGUAGAGAACUGGAUACGUGUUCUGGACGCGGGGAGUGCUUUUGUGGACAAUGUAUUUGCAACCCAUCUGUGUAUGGACGGGUUUAUGGACCUCGUUGUGAAUGUGAUGACUUUUCAUGCGUGAGGCAUGGAGGACUUAUUUGUGGAGGUCACGGUAUCUGCGAUUGUGGAGAGUGCAUCUGUCAAAGCGGCUGGAUCGGACAAUACUGCAACUGUACAACCAGUAUUGACUCCUGCAUCUCGGAAACUGGGACCCUAUGUAGCGGGAGAGGUAGAUGUGAAUGUGGAAGGUGCAUCUGUAACAGCCCGGGUGUUUCUGGAGAUACUUGUGAAAAGUGCCCAACUUGUGGAGACCCCUGCAGCUCCCAAAGGCCCUGCGUUGAAUGCCAUCUGUUUUCAGAAGAGCAGCAACCUGGGGUAUGUGCAGAGACAUGUAACAUGGUGGAUGCCACAGUCAGCAAAGAGGACGGAUCCGGGAAUCCAGAAUAUUUCUCGGAGGAUAAAUCUAUUUUCUGCACCAUGCAAGGUGAAAAUGAAUGCACUAUUACAUUUAGGAUGGCGACGGAUGAGGAAGGAAAGAAAGUCAUUUAUAACAUACGCCAAAACGAUUGUCCAUCCCCACCAAACAUCCCCAUGAUCCUCGUGGGAGUCACAAUCGCUAUUGCACUGAUUGGUAUAGUGUUGCUGUGUAUAUGGAAAUUGCUGGUGUCCUAUCAUGAUCGUAAAGAAGUCGCUAAAUUUGAAGCAGAAAGGGCAAAAGCCAAGUGGCAGGGGGGUAUCAACCCGCUGUUCAAAGGUUCUACCACUACAUUUAAAAAUGUCACCUACAAACAGACAAACAAUGGGGCACUAUGACAGCAUCUUCACCUUGCCCCACUCCGUGCACUUCAGACUAUUUGUGCCAGAGGGACUACUGAGAACAAUAGUGUUACACUGGCAUUCCGGGCGUCUCUCAAAGCUUAGGUUAGAGCAGCUAUUUAAUGUGCAGAUGUCAGGACAUGCUGCUUGUUGUAGUUUCACAACAGCUGGAGAGCUACAAGUAGGGGACAAGCAUGGGUUAGAGCAUGUCUGUGUUAGACACAAGUUCUUUCAUUCUGCGCGACUCUACAGACCUGCUUGUUUUACUGUACUGACUUUGACAGAGUCUUGCUCUCAUCAUACUGCCGUUGGAGGUUUGGUUCAGAUUCUUAAAGGGGUUAUGCCAUGAUUGAUUUAAAAAACAGACAUCACAUAGUACAUGACAAUCUCUCUCCAACAAAACUAAAAAAGUAGCCCUGUACCUCACAUGGA